UCUCUCGGCUAUAAGAAAUCCCCCGAGAAAAAAUUAAAAAUAAAAAGCAACACACCAUGACAACCACAAGCCCCAACCCUUCCUCCUUCCAGAACAUGGAAGAGAUCGAGAAAGUCUUUAAUCGCUUCGAUGCUAAUGGAGACGGUAAGAUCUCAGCUGUCGAGCUCGGCGACGUCCUCCGCGCCCUCGGAUCAUCUCCAUCGGACGACGAGCUUCGCCGCAUAAUGGACGAGAUCGACAGUGACGGUGAUGGCUUCAUCGAUCUCAAGGAGUUCACGGCGUUCCAUUGCGCUGGGGCCCACGAUGGGGGAGAGAUGAAGGACGCAUUCGACACGUACGACCAGGAUAAGGACGGCCUGAUCUCGGCUGAGGAACUGCAUGAGGUGCUGGAGAAAUUGGGGGAGAGUUGCUCGGUCGAGGACUGCAAGCGGAUGAUAAAGUCCGUUGAUUCGGAUGGCGAUGGGAACGUCAAUUUUGAUGAGUUUAAGACGAUGAUGACGAAUGGGAAGGCUUCUACUCAAUGAAUCGACUCCAAUCGAAUCGUGUGUAACAUUAGAUCUCUCCCUCUCCUAUCUGAAAUGGCUUAAUGGAAAUUUCAUAGUUUCUUGAUUUUCUUUUUCUUUUUUUUUAUUCUUUUGUUUUUGCUAAUGUGGCCCCGAUCGAUGUGCGGAAGAGCGUCCCUUUCGAUGAGCGGGCCAAUUUCAUUAUUAUCUUCUGCAACCAAGGACACGCGAUUUAUACUCGGUUA